GUUUUGAGAUUUUGUGUAAUUAAAAAAAUUCAUGAAAAAUGAUUUCCAAAUUAAAAGCUAAAUUAGCAUUCUUAUAUCCACCGUAUAUUUUAGCUGUUUUAUGUUCGGUGUAUAUUUUAGCCGAAUUAGGACAUUUUUUAAUUGGUGCAUCAUCGAAGGCCACGGCUAUUGAUUUACAUUAUGGUGAUAUAUCUUGUCAGUUAAAUACAACUGCAAUCGAAAUUAAAUAUUUACCAGUUCGGUGUGAUAAAGCCAAUAAUUCAGAAACAUGUUUAUCAUUGGAAUAUAAUGGAACAAAAUAUUGUGAAUGGAAUUAUAAUGGAUUAGGAAUAGAUUAUCAAAUUUUAGCUGGACCCAGUUAUAUAACCGUUUAUACAAUUGCUGGUGUAUUAAUUGGUAUGGCUGCGGAUCGUUUUAAUCGCGUGCGAUUGUUAUCCGUUUGCACGCUAGUAUUUACAACCGCAACGUUUUUAAUGGGUUUUGUUGGACAUUAUUGGCAUUUCUUGAUAUUACGAAUGUUUUUGGCUGCCGGGGAAUCAGGAUGCAAUCCAUUAGCCACAGGAAUAAUGACAGAUAUUUUUUCCGAAGAAAAACGUGCUUUAGUUAUGUCAAUAUUUAAUUGGGGUAUUUAUGGUGGUUAUGGUAUGGCUUUUCCGAUCGGACGUUACGUUACCGAAUUGAAUAUUUGGGAUUUGGGUUGGAGAAUGUGCUAUAUUGGCGCUGGAUUUGUAGGAUUCAUUGUGACAAGUUUGGUGGCAUUAACGUUAUACGAACCUACUCGUACUGAAAUUGUUAAAGAAGAAAAUAAAUCUACGAAGAAAUCCACUGAAAAUGUAACAAUGUGGACGGUUUGGACUGAUCCACGAAUGAUAUUUUUAUGUUUGGCAGCGUCAAUACGCCACAGUGGUGGAAUGUGCUUCGCGUACAACUGUGACCUUUACUAUCGUGAAUACUUCCCCGAUUACGAUCUAGGAUGGUGGUUAUUUAUGGUAACUACAAUAAUUGGCGGAAUUGGUGUGAUAUUUGGUGGUAUUCUAAGUGAUAAAAUUGUGGGAAAAUUAGGUAUACGAUCACGUGUUGUAUGUUUAAUUGUUAGUCAACUUAUAGCCUUUCCACCAGCCAUAGGAAGUGUAGCAUUUGAACCAUUUUGGGCGAUGGUUAAUUUAAGUAUUUCUUAUUUCUUUGCUGAAAUGUGGUUUGGAAUUCUUUUUGCAAUUUUAGUGGAAAUUAUUCCAUUACAAGUACGAUCGACGACAAUUGGAUUAUUCUUAUUUGUCAUGAAUAAUAUUGGUGGAAACUUGCCAAUUUUUGUGGAGCCAGUAUCAAAAGCUUGGGGAUAUCGUGAGGCUCUAUACAUAUUUUAUGCAGGAGCCUACUUAGUCAGUGCCAUCUUAUUCUUUUGUAUGAUGUUAUUUAUGAAACCACCGAAAAAUGAACCAACACCUGAAAUGAAAACAUCUCAAUCUCCAGUGUCAUAUGAUAAUACAACGUUUUCAUUGCAAGAUGAACAUCCGAAUGGAAAAAUUUCUGUGAAUGGAAAUGGUUUGGAUAUGAGUAAAUUAUAGCCAUAAUAAUCGAUAAUCGGUUUUUGAAUUAUAUUAAUUCA